UCAGUCGAGCCUUGAGAUUUCCACCAUGGCAGAAUCAGAAUCCAAAAAAGUCAUCAAGUUAGUUCCUGAGUAUCUCCUGAAGAAGAGGAAAGCAUACCAGGCUAUCAAAGCUACACAGGCCAAACUUGCCUUGCUUGAAAAGAGAAAGGUGUCAAAGGGCAAACCGCUGAAGUUCAAGCGUUUGGAAGACUUCUUAAAGGACAGCCACAGGAGACAUCGCGAUGACACCCGCAUCCGCAGGACUGAACACAGGCCGCCUGCUCCUCUGCCUCCCACCAAGAACAAGCUGGCCUUCGCCGUCCGCAUCAGAGAGAUUAAAGGCGUCAGUCCCAAAGUGAUGAAGGUGAUCCAGAUGUUGAGGCUGAGGAAGAUCUUCAGCGGGGCCUUCGUCAAAAUCAACAAGACGUCUGUAGCCAUGAUGAAGAUGGUGGAGCCCUAUGUGGCGUGGGGAUUUCCAAACUUGAAGUCUGUUCGUGAGCUCAUUCUGAAGAGAGGACAGACCAGGAUAGGCAGGAGGAGAGUUCCUCUCACUGAUAACACCUUCAUCGAGCAGCACAUGGGUAAACACAGCAUCAUCUGUCUGGAGGACCUGAUUCAUGAGAUCUACUCCGUCGGCAGAAGCUUCCGGGCGGCAAACAACUUCCUGUUGCCUUUCAAGCUGUCGGUGGCUCGUCACGCCGCCAAAGACAAGGCGGGGAUCCUGAAGGACCUGGGCAACCCCGGCUUCCGCGGCACGGACAUUAACUCCAUCAUCAGACAGCUCAACUGAGGAGGAACACACAAAAAGGACUCACAGCAGCAACUUGGAGGAUUUUUACAUCUGGAGGAUAAAAUGCCAACGAUGACUAAACAUCAUGUUGUUUCUUUGGCUAAUAAGCUCACAGGGUCUCACCCAGAGUCUUAUUUAAUUAACAUGUAUCUGUGCAUCUGUUCUCUGGUUGUAUUUCCAGCACACUGAGAGCCUGAAGGAGGACUUAAAAUUUGGACUCUUGCCUUCGUGUGUUGUUUCUGUUUUUGCACUCAUGGUGUAACAUCAUGUAGUGCUCCUGACCACAGACUGAUGGAAGCUUUUGGGCUCGUCGAUGAUAAUAUAACAAAUAUUUCCAAUCAUCUGUUGACAUGUAAAAUAUUUUAUGUUAAAGGAUGUUUGAUUUCUACACACGAUAUUCCCCCCAGACCGUUAGAGGAAUAUGUAUCUACUUUAUACUUGCAACAUAUGCAAGGAAAGUCAUUGUAUAAUUAGGACUGGCUGCCCUGCACGCAGGAGCAACCAGUCCAAAUAAAUAAAGUCUUUCACUGCAUUUAGUUUUCAGUGUGAACAGAUGUGUGAAAAACUGUUUGACUCUGAUUCAUUCAUUGUUAAUAAAG